AUGGCUCUCGAACCAAUUGACUACACCACACAUUGCCAUGCCAUUGAGGAAGCUUUUCAGAAAGUUGUCCGGGCUUCAGACGAUGAAAUUGACUGGUUAAUCCUCACACCAAAUGGCCAGAAACAGUAUAUUCCGGAUAAGUUGGGAAGCGGGUUCAGCGAGUUUCUUGGAUCUUUCGAGGAAUCCAAAGUGGAAUAUGGGCUUGCAAGAGUGAGUCCUCCGGGUUCUGACGUCCAAAAAUUGGUUUUGGUCGGAUGGUGUCCAGAUAAUGCACCUUUAAAGACAAGAGCGUCUUUUGCAUCCAACUUUGGCGUCGUGGCCAACCAAGUUUUGAAAAGCUACCACAUUCAGGUUACUGCGCGGGACGAGGAUGAUUUGGACGAAAAAGAGCUUUUGAACAAGGUGAGUAACGCUGCAGGAGCCCGCUAUUCGAUUCAGAAUGAGAUCCCCACGAAAACGAGCUCUGCUCCCAAGCCACGCCCUUCAUCUGUGCCAAAAAAGCCUGAAACAACUUCUAAGCCUGUUGCUAGCAGGGAAUCAGCCCCAACUACUAAAAAAGAGCCUCCCAAACCAGCUGCUACAGGCGCAUCCAAAACUAUCUCUGGUGAUGAUGACUGGGACGAGCCAGAGGUUGAGGAACGCGACUUGGAUGUCAACCCGCUCAAGCCCAACAAAUCUUCUUGGAAUCCUGUGGGAAAAGUUGAUUUGCAAAAGCUUGUGGCUGAAGAAAAGUCGAAAGUAGAUCCCCGCUUAGUGAACACAGUUAAAUCUGAAUCUCCAUCGAAGCUGAACCCAAAGGACGAUAUCGAAAAACUGAGACAACAAUCCAAGGCUCAAAGGGAUGCUGAGAUGAAUAAGUAUCUUGGGACUAAACCUUCACCUGUCGUGCUUCCCAAAAAGAGCGAUGAUUUGGUAGUGAAGGGAUUUCAAAAUGAGAAAUCGCCAGCGCAAAUCUGGGCUGAGAAGCACCAACAGAAAACUAAUUCCACUAGCGAAAAAGUAUCGGACAAGGCCGGAAAGUCUGAUGAGGCUGGUGAGGAUAAAGAUGUUGACGAAUCAGCGCCAGAAGUUUCUGACAUCAAGAGUAAGUUUGAAAAACUGAAUACGGCGGAACCAGCAAUCAUCAAGCCAGGUCAAGCUAGAAGUCCUCCUCCAAGUACCAAACCAGACUCAGUAGCAAGUACUGGUCUUCCCAUUGGACAAAAGAAGCCUAUAGGAAAUCCUCUACCGGGCAUGCAAACGGAGAUCGACAGCGAAUCCGAGGAAGAAGCGGCCGAUGACGACGAUUGGGAUGACGACGACGAUGAUAAAGCAACAGUAACAGCGACUAACUACGCUCCUCCUACGCAGUCAAGAACUGCUGUCCCCGCCCCUGCUCCCGCUCCACGUCCUGUUGCACAGACGAAAUCUUUCGAGAAGGCGCCUUCGCCUGCGUCAUCUCCAAAGCCUACGGAAGCAGUUCAAUCCUCUUUGCCUCCACGCUCGACUGAAACUACAUUUGUUCCCCCUCCACCACCACGCAGAAACGUACCAGCAGCCACUCAGAUAGAAAAGGAGCCUGAGCAACCUGUUGAGGAGUCUGAGCCUGAAAACUCAGAAGAGCCAGCUUCUACGGAACAAGAAAAAUUACCUUCGGCGAUUGCUGAGUACGACAACGAGGCCGAAGAGCACAACGAGCUCGCUUUUAGCGAAGGCGACAAGAUCGUUAACAUUGUUUUUGUUGACGAUGAAUGGUGGUUAGGCGAACUUGAGGCUACUGGCGAGAAAGGUCUGUUCCCAAGCAAUUACGUUCAAUUGGUCGAUUAA